AUGGCUGCGCAGGUCCCGGCCGCCCUCAAGUCGGCCGACAUUACAGCCUUCGCUCAUCGGGCGGCCCAGCUCGAGAAGGUCAAACCGAUCAUCUCGUAUUGGUGCGACUACUGGAUUGUCAACCAGAUCUUAUCCAAAGGCUUGCACAAUGCCGACCAGGAAUGUCUCGUUUACACUACUUCGCUUAUGGACAAGUUGGAACAGUUCAAAUCGGAGCACGCCGAGGAACCUGCCGUGUCAGACGAUGUAGUCGGAAAGGCAUAUGUGGAACAGUUCGCCUUGGAAACACUGGAAAGAGCAGACAAUGCGGUGCGAGCAAACAAGGCUACCAAGCAGACUGCGGACACCUUCCGAGCCGCGGCUACAUUCCUCGAAUUGCUUCAAAUCUGGGGCCCUCUCCACCAAGAAAUCAGCGGCAGGAUCAAGUAUGCGAAAUACCAUGCGGUGAGGAUUGUCAAGGCCAUUCAAGCUGGUGAAGACCCCAACCUGUCGAAUCCUAAGCCAGAGACGCCCUCCGGCGAGACUCUUCCGGCUUUGGACCCCAGCGACGCGGAGGUGCAAGCUCUGGAGGGUGGGGACGCGAGACCAAGACAGCCGUCUGCCACCGAAGUACCCGACGAGGCCGACAAGAUCCAAAAGAGUCUUGCGCAAAGGUCAUCUUUGGACGAGUCAUUGCACCCUUCAAGAGAUCGUUCAAUUCCACCACCCGCGAACAGAGAGCGUCAGUCUUCUGUUCUUGAGAUUCCAGACGGCGCAGACCGCGUUCAGAGCAGCCUUGCCGCUGUAUCAACCACUGAUGAAUCUAUCCACUCGUCCCGUGCAGCGUCUGCGCCACAUACGCCGGUGAAUGACGUAUCUCCGGUGACGCCGCGGGAUGCGGCAUCAUUCUAUAAGAUUCAGGCCGGCCCACCUGAUAUCUCACCCCUGGGAAUCUCAUCGGAGCGGAAAGAGUCAAUCGGUGGGAAUUAUUUCCCAAGAGUUCCUUCUCCUCAAGCACCAGAGCUACCUUCAGCACCAACGACUUUGGGCGGAGACUACACACUACCUUCAGCUCCGACAGGGAUGGCCAGUGGUGCUGUCCAGGCUCCUCCGCCACCAUCAGAACCAUCACUCGCGUCCGGACGUAGCUCACUCGCUGGGCUUAAUCAGCCAAGUCGUGCAUCCCCUUCUCCUCCACCACAUCGGCACGGACAGUUCCUCCCGCAGGCAGGCCCAGGCCAGCCGCCACAGAUUCCUCCAAACUUACAGCCUCAGGUUCCACAACCACAACUUCCGCAAAAUCCUCCACAGCUUCGACAAACUCGUGGACCCGUACCUCCCGUUCCUCAACCGCAGCAGCAGCAUUUUGUAUCGCCUUCACCGAUCCAUCCGGUACAUCUGCCUCCGGCCGCACAGCCGGUCAAUGAGGUCGUCGACGAGGAGGCGAUCAUGAAGGCUCAGAAGCACGCACGAUGGGCCAUUUCAGCCCUGAACUUCGAAGAUGUCCCCACCGCAAUUCGUGAACUGAAAGGCGCUCUAGCUUUGCUCGGUGCGACAUGA